ACAAGGGAAAGGGAGAAGCGCUGAAGCAGCAGUCUGAUUUCCUCCACGAUUCCUUUCUAAUUUCAUACUCCGUAUGGAGUAUUUCUUUGCGUCUCGCGACUUGUAGCAGCCAGCAGCGACUCAGCCUCAUUCAUGCGUUCAGUGCAAUGGGGACAGAAUGGAAUACUUCUGCUUGGGAGACUUGUGGGAGUGCUAUGAAGAAUGGAGUGCAUAUGGUGUUGGUGUUCCAAUUGUUCUAAAUAAUGGCGAGAGGGUUACACAAUAUUAUGUGCCGUAUUUAUCUGCACUUGAGAUCUUCACCAACACUCCACAACCUACAAACUUGAAAGAGAAUGAAGAUGCAAUCAUCGAGGAUGACACAAUGUCCAAGAGAAGUGAGAGUGAGAAGUCAUCAAGUAGUGACUCCAAUAAAGCUUGGGAUGACCUUUCUAAUGAUGGAAGCAUUGAAUAUUGUGAAAGUCCAUCAGUUCAUGAAACCGAACGACUUGGUCACCUUUACUUCAAAUUCUGUGAUACGUGCUCCCCGUAUUGGAGAAUUCCUUUUGCUGAAAAGAUUGCAGAACUUGCAGAACUAUUUCCUGGACUUAUGACAUUAAAAAAUAUUGACCUGUCUCCUGCAAGUUGGAUUGCUGUUGCUUGGUACCCUAUUUAUCACAUUCCAAUGAAGGGAAAUUGCAAGAAUUGUCUGUCAACAUGCUUCCUCACGUAUCAUACUCUCUCCUCAUCUUCACAAGUUUUUAAAUCUGAUGAGGAUGAAAACAAAAUGUAUGACUUGGUGAAUGAAGAGGGAGGCGAUUUUGAUAAUAGUGAGGAUUCUCUUUAUCCCUUUGGAUUGGCCACUUAUAGACUGGAGGAAGACAUUUGGAUGGAUUCACUAACAUAUGAUGACUAUGAGACAAUAGUCGAUCUCUAUAGCGCGGCCGACUCUUGGUUAAAGCAACUAAACUUCUGGCAUCAUGACUUCAACUUCUUCACUUCUCAGUUCUCUUUCGAGGGAUUCUCUUCAUAAUUCCAUUCACAUCAUCGACGUGAUUUCAUGUAUGCUUUAGAAUAUAUCCUAAGUUAGUAUCAUUAUUGAAACAAUUGUUUUUUAAGUACUUUUGACCAUUAGUUGAACUUUGUAAAUGUACACAUAUGUUAUGUUACUUGAGUUUUUUGCUUUGUUUGUCAAUCUUAUUGUGUAUGUGUGUUGUGCGUAUUAAAUAGUGCACUAGUAGAUAUGAUCAUUAUCUUACUAAUAUUAUGUACUCCCUAUUUGAAACAAUUAGAUUGAAGAAAUGUUGAGUUUAACU